AUGUAUUCUGUUCAAAGCUACGAUGAUAAAGACACUUUUUCUGUUUAUGACCAAAAAAAGAUUGAUCGUGCUGAAGAGCAAGAGUACAUCGUUGGUCUACUAAAACAAAUAUAUCAAGUUGUUGUUCCAAUUGUUUGUGUAUUUUUAGCUGUAGUUAAGUGUGUUCUUGUAAUUAGACUAUUCUUUAAAUUAGCAACAAAAAGUAUUUGGGUAGUUAAACGGGAUUGGUAUGCUAAAUUAGGUCCAGCACUUAAUCCAUACCAUUUGGUAUUACUUGACCUUCUUUCAAGUGGACUAUUUUUAGUUAUUCCAUUGUGGGUGUUUUUAUUAAGAAAAAAAAUUUCUCUUAGUUUUUUGUUGUUAAACAUAGUCUGCUUUGGAGCUUUAUCUUUCAUUAUGCUAUUUUUCACUUCUUUCGGUGGUUCAAUGUGGUUAUUUGGCAUUAACAUUGCUGUUUAUUGUAUUUUUAUACUUAUUGAUGUGGUUUUACAGAAAAUGUUUAAUGUUCAUGUAAUGUUAAGUCAUUCCUAUUCAGUUUGA